UCAAGUGACAGUUUCUGUGUUUUGUCAGUGUAUGUUGUGUGAUUUUUGUAUCAAAAUUGAACGUUGAAGGAAAAAGAAGCCAUGAAAGAUGGAUUCCGGAAGCUCAUGCCUUUGCGAGUCGUCAGAACCAACCGAUCCGACGGAGUAUCUCGAAAUACUCAAAAAGAAAUAUUUGGAUCGCACUGCCAAAUUGCAGGCGCAGCAGCAGGACCUUGAAAGGAAAAUUAUGAAAAUGGAAACAUUCAUUGGCAAGCCGCAAGGCUCAUCGCUGGCCGGGCCAGCGACUUGCCAGUGCGAUUCACUAUCAAUUCCAAAAGUGUUUCCGGAAACUCCGGUUCGCGAUGUACCAGCUGUGCCCAGAACUAUAACUGAUCAGCAACCGGUAACUCAGCAGUGCAGUUUUUUUCAGAAAAUGAUGGAGAACGCAAAAAGUAUUUUGUCAAUGAAAUGCCAAUGUCCGAGCCCUGGAGCCAAGGCAACUAGCUUUAGUGAUUCCCCAACAAACACCGACUAUGCUCAAACAACUACCACAACACUGGGUAGCACCGAUCUAACGUCCAGUGAAAUCCCCACUAAGGAAACUGAUCGGUCUGCGCAAGAAAACCUAGUAGAUUAUGAGGAAACCUUAACGGAUAAGUCUUCAAGAACCAGUACUUGUACCUGCGAGUUUACAGAUCCCAGCACCCUGCAAGAUUUUUCAUGCACCUGCACCAUUGCUGACGGGAAAACGAAAGUUGUUCCGCAAAGCCAGCAAGUUUCGAUCAACAGCAGUUCGACUCCUCAGAGCCCGAACACUCAACAUCCAUCAAGUGCAGACCCUCUAACAAGCACCACGUCAAAAUCGGAAAAAUGUCCAUUAAAACAAUCAACAACCUCAGAUUUGAUAUCUGGAGAAUGUUCCUGUGGUGAAUGCAGAUGCGACUCAUCAUUGAGCAAUAUUGACGACAAGCUGAAUUUCAGCAACAUUCCAAUCGAAGAUAAUAUCGUCAUUCCAGCAGUGUCAGUUUUUUUGAAUAAAGGCGACAAACCGUCCGCCGAAGUGCAAGUGGCCACGCCAUUUACAAGCAAAGGCCUCCAAAUGACGAAAGAUACAGCCAGCAAAUGCGUCACGUGUUGCAAAAAUUCCUAUUGCCCAACCAAUAAAGCGGCUUUAAGUAAGGGUAAGACCGGGCAUUUGGCCGCUGGAGUCCAAGUGGCAAGCAAUACGAAGAGUAGAGGAGUUAACAUUACAAGUUUCCCCAAAAACUCGCUAAACGUUGGAGUCACUUGUUGCCAAAUAAAAACUUGCCCCAAUAAUCAACCGAAGUCAUCUUGCAAUGCGAAAUGUAGCACCAUGCCUCUUCCAGAUCUAUCCCCAUCUAGUGGCAAAGAGACAGUUAUGCAAGCAUGCGAAUGCGACCUCAAUGGAUUAACCCAAACAGGGCAGGAACGUCAAGAUGGCCAGAACCAAUGUGCAUUCAUUGGCUCGCCGCUCUUAGAUUUUAACGACAUGAAGCGCAGCUCUGGAAAAGUUCUUUGCGAUUGCAACACUGAUCAAGGGCCCAACAAGGUCUGCGAAAUCAGCGGAUAUUCCCUUACGUCGAACGACAUUCUAGAGAUGCAGAACAUUGCAGAAUUGGCCAAGAAGGAAAAGGCGAUGAAGGUGCAAAUAGAAGAAUUGCAACGACGCGAGAAACAAUAUCAAGAGGCUACGAGAAACGUGGAAAAUUUAGUGACAAAAGCGAAAACCUCGUGUUGCUCCUGCCACGGAAAAGCCGGCCCUCCAAACAUUAGUGCAGAAAUCGACAAAAUCAGCAGAGAACUCCGACUGGAAAACCAAAUCCUUAAGGCAGAACUGCAGGACAUGAAGCUAGAGCUCAAACACUGCUUGGAAAAAGUGGAGGGCCCCAUGAAGCUGAAGCUCGAAACGGAGAAGCAAAAAUGCGAGUGUUUGCAGCAGGAUCUUCAAAUGGCCUCCAAAAACAUGCUGGUGAAUCAGGAUGCAUAUUCUCGCGAAAUGAAUCAGCUGAAGUUGCAGCUGUGCUGCGCUUGUACGAAUAUCACCGAAUUGAAUCAAAUGAACCAGAGGCUCAAAGAUGAAAUGUCCCAGUUGGACUGCCUGUGCCAAAAACUAGAGGAUGAUCUAAUUAAGCAGAAGGUUAACGAGGCGGAAACCAUCAAAAGGCUGACCAGCCGGAAGAAUUUUAGUGGCAAAUCUGAAGAAUUCAAAUGUGACUCGAACCUAGAUGUUAUUGCCCGAAAGCUGAGCAAAACGAUCAAGGACUUGGCUCCAUGUGAAGAAUGCUCGAAACUUCCAGCGGAGCUGGCUGGUGCCGCCAAAUGCAUAAGAGACCUAACAGAUAUGGUAAGGAAGAGAAAAACCAAGAGUUCUACAGUGAGUGGUUGCUGCUGUAACGCACCCUUGAAGCCCAUUCCGAAGAAGGUUAAAGAAGAAGAAUGCUGCAGCUGCUGUGGCCCAACGGAUGGAGCCGGAGAAUCGUUGGAGCAAAUAGCGCCAGUAGCGGACAAAAAUGUGAAGACGCUUCACGGGGUUCCACAAUCAUUUGCCCAAAACGAUGAAAGUAGUCGGUUUGAUGUGGGUGGCGUCCAAUCGAGCUAUUAUAGCGCCAAAGGCGAGCCAGGAAGAGAAGCUCCUUGCGCAACCAUUGGUCAACCGUGCUUUCAAAGCAAGAGCACCCUCACUAAACCUCUGGAUGAUCCUCUCAUUGAAAACAAGCUGCCCUGUAGUGAUAUAGGAGAACCAUGCAGAGAUGUAGAAAAAGCGAAACUUCAGGAUCGUCUGGUUCAAGUGCCCGCUGGAAUCGACAAAGGUUGUCGAGCUCCCUGCUCGGAAAUGAUGGAACCGGUGAAAGAUCCACAAGUGGAACUGGCGUUGAAAGGAGAAAAGGAUUCAGAAGAGAAGCCUGUUCAGGUGCCGGAGGAAACUCCCUCGGUGGAACAGAACGAUGGGCUUCAAGCAGCAAUCCAAGAUCAGGCUAAGGACGCGGGCGAUGUAGUGGCUGAAGACUCAUCUGAGCAGCAAAAUGUAACCGAGAUAACGUAUGGUGUGGUUGAAGAAGUACCAAGGUCAAAAUUCGCAAUUGUUGAAGAAGGCAAUACGACCGAAAGCGCACCCGAUAUCAGUGACGGCUACUUAUCCAGCGGACCGGCCACAGAUGCUACAACCCCAGAAGACGAAAGUAAACCUUCAGAUGGCUUAGAAGGAGAUGAUGGACUUGACGAAACUGAGCAACCACCUGAAGGUGGCGUACAACUCAAAACACUGCCGGCGGAUCUAUUAGAAGUUGCCGAAGAAAUAUCGGCUGGAAAAUUCGAAGAAUCUGAUGCUGAAGAUGGGCAUGGAGGCGUUGCCAUUGGGCAAAGGGAAAUUCCGUUUGAUGAGAAAAGAUACGGGGGCGAAGUUCCCGUUGACGUAGAGAAUAGAGCUUUCGGCCUGGACGAAGGUCCUGCCGACCUGCAUAUGACUACUACCGUUACCAGCUCAGGAACCCUUGAAGUUGUCACUGAAGGACCUGGAGGGACAAUCGGAACCACACUAACCUACACGGAAGAAGGCAACAUAGAAGUAGUCACCGAAAUGACUGAUAACUUCGGAGGUCCAGGCCGAAUGUUGGACAAGUUCGCUACGAAGCCUUUGUCAGAAGGGAUUCCUUUCAGGUCAAAUGAUGCGAUUCCAUGCGCCCCAAGCGCCACAUGUGAGACUAUGGAGCCGGUGGCUGGAUACGAAGUCUGCGAGCCAACAAUGAUAUGCCACAAUUUGGACAAUGCAGAAAAAGGAACAUUGAAGGCCUUGCCCGUGGCAUCGAGCAUGAUUUCAGGUCCUUCAGGCCCCGAAACUGAAACCCCGUAUACUGCCAGCACGACAACAGCUGAAGGCGAGCUAACCAGCAAGCUUGGGUCUGGAUCUUCUGGGAUUAGGCCUCAAUUUGACAGGACACCUGACCAAACAUCCAGCUAUGGAAGGCCAGGAGUUGCUAUGGAAGAACCGCUAGAAGAGCUGCAGGAACCAGUAGACCAGCACUCAGAGCAACUAGCAGGAGAUCCAAGUGGAAAGGCGUCGUCCAGGGAAAUAGGAGUCUUAUCUAGCGGUGCAAGAGCAACUGGAGCUGACUCAACAACUGGGCGCGAAGGGUUACCUUCGGAAGGUACCACAUCGACUGCAGGAGAAUUGAAGAGCGGCGAGGUGUUCACUCCAGACCAAGUAGGGUCCGAUUUGGAGGAAGCCUUUGUAGCAUCAAAAUCUUUGCAGGGAACAGACAUCGGCGCCGGGGUGGGAGCGGGAGCAGUGGAGCCUACAGUCAGCGGGGGAGCAGAUGGGAGAAGUGCAGAGGCCGGAGGAAUAGCAACUAUACUGAAAAAUGCCUCCCAAGGUGGUGCAGAGCCCAAGGAAUCAGAAAUAGGCGCAGUAAAAGCCAGUGGUGUUUUCACAGCUGGAGGUGUUGCCCAGUCGGUGCAGUUCGGACAGAAAGGCUCAAAACCCGAUGAAGGUGCUCCUGAUACAACACCUUUGCCUGUAACAGACUCAACUGGUAUCAAUUGGACCCGUGAAUGUGCUUGUCAAUCAAAAGAUCAAACAGAUCAGUCAUGUCAAUGUUGCGAGUGUAAAACCAUCGGGGUAACAACAUCCGGUGAUAAAGAAACCUUAACCGAAAAAGACGAAGAAAUGUGCAAAAUUCCUCAAGAAACACUCGACGGUGCGAAGACCGACACUGAUUCAGAAUUUGUGACCAUCAGUGAAACUACCGACCAUGCGUUUGCAGAAGUACCAAGUGAAACGAAACCAGAACCUCAAGACGCAGUCGAAGUGCCCUCCAAAUCCAGCUCACCAUUCGGCGACAACAUAAUAUCGAAAGAAAUAGUGAUAACGGAAGAUCUACUGAAAAGAUAUCCGCAACUGGCAACUCUUUCUGCUCCAUCACAACAACAAGCAUUACAAAAACUUGGCAUCAAACAGUCAUUGAAGGAAGCAAUUGUUGUUGAUCGAAGUAUGUUGGAAAAGCAUCCCGAGCUGAUUGGAAAGUCUCCCGAAGAGCAGCAAAGCAUUCUAAAAACCAUGGGCUACAAGCCCUCAAAGGCUAUAGAGCCAGAUAUAGCAGUAGAUGAGGACAAGCUGGCCAAGCACCCAGAACUGGUAGGCAGAAGCAACUCGGAGCAGCAGCGCAUUUUGCAGAGCUUGGGUUACAAACCCGCAUUGAUUGUUGCUGUUGAUGACGAGAUUCUGCAAAAGCACCCGGAAUUGGCAGAUAAGACUCCUGAAGAACAGCAAUCUCUUCUGAGAGAAUUAGGCUAUGCGACCUCGAGCCCUUCUAAAGCGAUACCCGCAGAAGACGAUGUCCAACUCCGGCAAAUAGACUAUGACACUCUUCAGCCCAGCACCUCUAAGGUUGCCCCAAGUACAGACGAAUUCAACGUACCACCUGCAAUAACUGAGCAGCUGCUCGCCAAACAUCCCCAGCUGGCAGGCAAAACUACCGAGGACCAGCAGAAAAUUCUUAGAGAUCUUGGAUACUCGCUUCCUAAAGAAUCUCUCCUUCAAACCGUUUCGCUCACCAAAGAAAUGCUUGAAAAUCAUCCAGAGCUGCAAGGCAAACCCUCUGCAGAACAACAAAAAAUCCUGAAAAGUCUGGGCUAUACCAAGAAACAGUCGACAGUUUCUUUCAGCAAAGACCUAACUGCGAAACACCCAGAACUUCAAGGCAAGAGUGUCGCAGAACAGCGAGAAAUUUUGAAAACUCUUGGCUAUAAUGGGGAUGAUUUAAGGCCUGGACUUUCUGCUACUAAGCCUGAAGCCAUUCCAGGAGCGGGCUCGGCAACUGCAAAGGCAGAGCUACUAUUAAAGCACCCAGAACUGGAAGGAAAGAGCUCGGCAGAGCAACGUGAGAUCCUGAAAAAUCUGGGCUAUUCUGCAGCUGAAGCCCAAUCCCUUACCGAAGAGUUGCCGCAAAAGCCCUCAGAAUUACUAGGCAAAAGCGCAAGUGGAGUAGAAGCGCCAGCAGAAGAACCUGAAUUGCCCUCAAAAAUAAGCCGGGCGAUUUUAGAAGCCCAUCCAGAACUUGCUGGAAAGCCCGUGGAGGAGCAAAAGAAAAUAUUGGCACAAAUGGGUUAUACAAUUGAAGAGGUUAUAGAAAAGAGUGAGUCUAAGAAAAUAUCAGCAGAAGCAUUCGAAUCGGCACGAGACGUGCUAGAGGGCCAUAAGUCAGAUGCACCAUUCUCCACUCCCCAGCCAUCAUCAUUCAAAGAUGUCUCGGUUACGGGCAAAGCUCCUUCUCAAGCAGCAGCUGUACCAUCAGAUUUUUCAAAGAAAUCGAGCGCAGUCAUGGACAAAUUAACCCCCGAGCCUUCAUCAAAAGACGUCUCCAUAUCUUGUAGAGCCCCCUGCAGGUCAGCAGCCACAAUACAUUCGCCAGCUCCAAAGGACAGCGACCAAAACAUAGCGCAUGUUGGGGACGUGUCAUCGGCAAGCCUUACGAAAUCGCGCACAGUUUCCCUGCAGAAGAAACCGUCUUCACGGGACGACUCUGCUUCUUGCAAAGCCAGCUGCAGAGCAAUAUCAGUGCAGAGCCACGGCAGCAAAUCCUCGAAGGAUGUGAAGGAAAUUGUAGCUGCACGAUCAGACACUACAACAACCUCUUCGUCGUCGGAUGCUCGGCUUAAGGCAAAGUCGAAGAAGGACAAAAUGAAAGAACAUCCGGGCGAAGUGCCGUCAAUAGUAUCGCAAUUGUCGGAUAAAGAACGUCCGGUUCCCGGACCGACUGCUAAAAAACCGAGGAACCAUCGAAAACGCCGGGCCAAAGCAAUCGAUUGCAUGAGAUGCGUUUGCCCCGACCCAUGCAAAUGUGCAGUCUGCACGGCUGAUAAAAAGAAACAAGCGUUGAGCAGGCCUGCUAGGUCCUGCGACUGUCCUCCCAAUAUGUUUAUGGUACCUCCAAUAAUGAUGAUGUCUCCCAUGCAGAUGACGUACAGUAUGCCUCCCACUGGACAUGCACCUAAUUGCAGAUGUAACGCUUGCAUAUGUAGGGACAUGCUUCCUAAACCUGAAGUCGACAGCAAGCCUGAAGCUGAAUCAGCUACAUCUGACGAUACAGAGGCAACAAUGGCAAGACAACUGAGAAGCCAUCCUUCGUCUUGCGAGUGUGUUGAUUGCCUCUGCUUGCCGAAAGUCCACAAACUCGCCCGUACCAAGGAGUAUCCCAUAGUGCAUGACACCAAGCAGGUCUAUCAGGUUAAGGUAAACUGUGGAACGUGUGCAAAUGCGCAGAAUGCUCGCCGAUAUGUUGAACAACAGCAGCAGCUAAAUCGAUCGAGAAUACCCAUAUCUACAACAUCGCCAAACCCCCCGCGGGUUAAAUCAAACCCUGAGCAGAACAUCGCCAGCCCGGAUAAGGGAGAGGCAAGCCAACCAGAAGCUUCGGGGGUCUCUGCUGUGGCAAGCACUUACAAUUCAAUAUCGUGCGAUUGUGCUCGAUGUGCUUGCGCUGAUUGUCCCGACGAUGCCAAACGGCCCCCCAAACCAGAAGCUUGCGAAAGUCAGGCAAAAACCAAUGCGGAUGCAAAAGGGGGGCAAAAUUGCUGUUGCCCCAACGUGCCGUGCAGUUGUCAGCCAUGUACGGUCGAAGAAUUAACAAGAAAACUGCGAGAUGCUGAGCAGAAGUUAGCUAACGCUUCGCCGAGCGGUGCACCUCCACCACCCGGUAGCGCUCCCCUAGAAAAACCGGCAGAAGAAGACACUGAAUCUUGUAAUUGUGUCGAAUGUGUCUGCCCUGGAGCGGAUUCUAUGCCAGCUAAGGCGUUGCCAGCAGGAGAAGGUCCGCCAGCAGAAACACCUAAGCCUCAAAGUGAUGACAGUGGGGCUGUAGCAUCGCCUGACGCUGCAGGAGCACCUGCAGCUGCAGGUGCUGGCGAUGAAGACUGCAACUGCAACGUUUGUGCGUGCCCGGGAAGUACCUCAUUGCCACCUAAAUCAGGACCAGAUUCAAAGCCCGUUGCAAUGGAGGUGUGCGAUUGCCAAGUCUGCAAAUGCUCGCCCUGCGCCGAUCCUCAAAAGAAAACUGAUGCUAGAGAUCAAAUAGCAGCAGCUGGAGUUGCAGAUUGCGACUGCAUAGACUGCAAGUGCGAUCCUUGCGCUGAUCCUAAAAAGCAAAAGUCCUCCCAAAAUGCCCAGCAAGGAGAAAGCGCGGCGGGCAGAGGUGACGUGGAAGUCGGAAAACACGGAGAAAAUUGCGAUUGUCCAGAAUGCAUAUGUCCUGGCGCCGAUUCUAAAAUGAAACCAGUGGCUUCCAAGGCGAGCAAAUUCACAGAUAUGCCGGAGAAAAUUCCCCAUCCUCCGGACUGUGAUUGCGACGAAUGUUUGUGCCUGGAGGAAAUCAUCCAAACUGAAUUAGUUGAUAAGUUGGAAAAGGGCGUGCAGCCCGCACCAGUGGAGAAAGAAGUGCACGCUGUCAAUUGUACUUGUAUCGAAUGUCUGUGUCCAGAAUGUUCCACCGAAACUAUACAUGGUCCAAAUUGCAAAUGCAUCGAUUGUGUGUGUGAUCCCUGCGACAAAAAAGGGGGCGACGGAAAAGUUGCUGCAGUUAAAAGCGCCGUCCAAAGGAGUGGAGAGGCGGGCGAUCAUCCAGCUGGCUGCACCUGCAUUGUAUGCAAAUGCGAUGUUUGCAACGAUCCGACUAAAAAAUCAGAAGUCAAAGUAACAAUUGGCGAUCAACCUCAUGGCGACGAUUGCAAAUGUCUCGAGUGCGUCUGCAAAGAAUGCUUAAUCAAAUUGGCUCCGCUCAAACAUGAAGAUG